AUGGGUGAAUACUAUAACAUCAGCCAUGAGUACGUACCCUUAGACAUGGCACCCGACUCUGUUGAUGAUGCCUACUCUACCUACACAAAGGAAAUGUCAAGACAGGUUCUGUCCAAGUACAUAACCAAUGAACAGAGCUCAAAUGCUGCUUUCAAAAAAGCAUGGAACAGAGCACUGAACUCCAACAAGCACAAAAAUCCAGGAAAUGGAAAACCACGCGAUCUUAAAUUCAGCUGUGUGGCAGGGGUAUUUUACUACCAUGUCCUUCACUUCCUGCUAACUGAUUCCUUCAAGCACCAGGGGAAGUGUGUGACCACCUACCGCGGAACCAAACUGGACUUUGACACAGAUGUCAUCCAAAAGGAGAUCCGAUUUCAUAGCUUCACAUCCACAUCUUUCAGUCGUCAUGGUGUCACCAAUUUUGGCAAGAAAUCCUGCUUUGUAAUCGAGACCUGUCAUGGUGCAGCUCUGGGAAACUUCUUUAAUUUGCCUCAAGAGGAAGAAGUAUUGAUCCCACCCUAUGAGAAAUUUAAAGUUGAGAGCAUUAAGUUAAAUGACUGGUGUGAUGUAGUGUACACACUGAACCUGUCUUGACACGCACUGGGAUCAUUAGUAAUUUGGAUUGCGCUCUAAUGUAAGACUCUGUAAUGCUGACUAAUUAGCCUCUUCAUUCCUGGCUGGUGACCAGGUGACUUCUUAUUUUAACGUGCAGAGCUUUGAGAAUGCUAUGCACAUUAUCUUUUCAUGCUAACGAUUUGUCUUCUACGCUUUCUACAAUACUGUCAAUCAGGCAAGAAUAAAUAAAUAAAAGAAAAAAUGCCUCUCAUUUUUCUCAUUUGCAAAUAUUCUCAUUUUUACAUGACGUUUCUCUGACAAAAUCCUUUCAGUUUUUUUUGUGCUUGGGGCUGUGGACAUCUCUCUACAGCAGAAACCACACUGAAUAAAUCUACGUCUCUUUCGGUUAUGGCAGACGUUUAGGUUUAUUCUGACUCUGUUGUUCGUA